UGUAUAGGCAAGUGUCAAAAUGAUAAGCAACCUAGGACGAGAGACGGAGCCAGAGAAAGGAAGCACAAAGUGCAGAGAAACGAGAGCGGCAGAGAAACGAGAGCGGGAGAGAAACGAAUUGGAGCGAUGACCACGAGAGACGAACGAAAAUCGGAGAGAGCUUUGGGGACGACGGAGAGAGAGAACGACACAGCGAUCAGUUUUUGGACGAAUGUUGACGAGAGCGGUCAUAAAGCACCAAGCAUCCUAAACAUCUGAAGCACGAGACAGCAGUAAAAAAAAGAGAUAAUAAAAAAAGGAAAAUGAAAAAAACGAAUGUUGAAAUUGGCGAAGACAGUUGCGGAUAUCACGACAAUGGCGCAAACCACGCUCCCAGAUCGAAGCCCAAUAAAGGAAACAAGUUGCGGAAGGCGCUAAAGUUGGAGAGAAAAAGAAAUAUGCUACUAGUCGCUAAACUCGUAGCUAUUGCACCAUACUUAAACGCAAUGAAAUGGUUGAAAGAUCUGUUUGGAUCCCGGGAAUAUCGUCUAGUACAGCGUCAAAAGUUUAGAUCCUUGACUCAAGGUGCAGAUGAAUCUGACUUAAAAUACGUAAAGCGCGUGAUAGCUUCAGCCAAGCUGUGCGAUUUCGAUGAAGAAAAGUUAACGGAGAGCGUGACUGAAGUUCUUCAACUACAUGCACUAAACUCUAAAGUCCGGGAAGCGGGUCGUAAGGUUAUGCGCAAGGGAGGUACUUUAACGGCACUUGUGGAUAAGAUCAGAGGUUACGAGUUGGACAAAACGAACGAAGAAAUCUUCAAGAAGACGCAUCAACCGGAAGCGGAAGCCAUAGUAGCGGCGGUUACACGCGGACGGGUAGAAACUGAUUCCUCCGCACGGCACCCUUCAGGUCUACGUGGAAAAAGUAUCGAAUACCAAGGACGACCAAAUUGGAGAAAUUUUAGAGAUAACGGAAACAACUAUGAACGGCAGAUUUACUGCUAA